GUUUCGUUUGUUUCUGUUCAUUUCAUUUCUCUCUCUCUCUCUCUCUCCCCAAAAUCUUCAUUGAGAGCAGAGAGAAUGGCCCAUCACUGCAGAUCCAAAUCCCCAUUAUAACUGCUUUUCAUUCUUUCUUCUCACAAGCUAAAAAAUCACUUUUUGAUUUCCGUGCUCUUCUGGCUCUCUCCUUUUUUCAUUCCACAUUUUUCACUUUCUUCUUCUUCUUCUUCUUCUUCUUCUUCUUCUUCUUCUUCUACUUUUCUUUCUCUUUAGUCUUUGCUAUACUACUAAGUAUUACCAAUGCCUGUCAGCUUCCCUUUUCUUCUUCAUCAGGAUGAUGUUGAUCUUGUUUUCAGGACAAAAGAACAAUCCAAUUAAGCCUAGUAAUUCUAUUUUUCAAGGGUGUCCUUCCUUUGAAAUUGAGGGUACCAUGCUAUACCUUGUUUGAUUGAAACCUCCUACACUAUCAUUUAUGGCAUUGUUAGGUGCAAAUGUGCAAACUAAUGGCAAUUUUAGAGAAUACUAUUUAACAAAGGAGCUCAUCUUUGACUCUGGAGGUAGCACAUGGACCUCAUCAUCUAAUGUUAAUAAUGAAUUAAGGACUGAUUUCUACAACAUGGGUCCCUUCCAAUUAUCAUCACCUUGUACCCAUUUAGGCUACAACCAGGAGCUUGUAAAACAGACAAUACUCAAACAUGAAGCCAUGUUUAAGGAACAAAUUCGUGAGCUCCACCGUGUUUAUCAUAAACAGAGGGAAUUAAUGGAUGAAUUUAAAAGGAGUGAAUUACAUAAACAAAAUGUAAGGUUGGAGCCAUCAUGGUCUAGUUCUGCUUUGUUGUCGAAAAACGCAGAAAAGACAUUUUACUCACCAAACCGGCCCUGGUCAACCUCUCAAUCAUCUGUUUUAUUUGCCGAAAGCAUCCAGUUGCCACUGGCAUUUGCCCAAGAAAAAAGCAAGCAAAUUUUUCCUGCUCAUGCUUCAACUGUAACCGAAGAACCUUUAAAAGAUUAUAAACUACUAGAGUCCAUGUGCAGAAAAGUCGGUAAAAAAGUAUUGGAUCUUGAACUUCCUGCUGAUGAGUACAUUGAUAGUGAUGAAGGUGAAGAAAAUGUAAGGGUUACUGAAGUGCUCCAGGAUUCGGCUUAUUCUUUAAAUGGAGUUUCUCAGGUUUUGUGCGACAAUCAUGACAAACCACGCGGAAAUAGUUCUAGGGGGUCUGACAACUUAAAUGUAUCAUUUAAGCUCGACUUAAAUGUACCAUUUAGGCUUGAAGUAGAGGCAGCUACAAAGUCUUCUGAUAAGGAGGUCCCUUCACUUCAUAUGAACAAUUGUUUAUAUGAUCUGUCAAUGAAAACAAUAUUUGGAUCUCAAAACUUACACAAUGAUGCCAUCAACAAAAGACAGGAUCUUGAAGGAGGCUCACAUAACCAACGGCCAGACAAUGAGAAGAAAUGUGAAUGGAAGUUCUCAGGACACAAUGGUGGUUUGUUGGAUUCUUUUGCUAAAAGUAUUCAUACGGAAAAGCAAUAUUUUUCAGUUGAUUCAUUAAGUAAGAAUAUGGAGCAAUUUGUUGAUCUUUCAUGUUUUCAUUCCUCACAUCAAAUUAACCGAGGUCCUUGGACAGAGAGAAAAUUUUCUAGCAGUGCGAGCUCCACACAAACUCAAUGUCCCACAAGUAAAGGUUUGCUUGGAGCAAUGGGGUUGCCUUGUCUUAAAGAAAGUAAAUUCUCAACCCAAAUUGAAUCUGCUGUUGUAAAUCCUUAUGAAACAGGAGUUACACAUGGUUUGGAAUUAAAGAAGAUUGAGGAAAGCAACUUAGGUGCAGAGAAGACUCUUGCAUUUCACAGCAAUGGAAAUCCUCGCAUGUCAUCCGAUCUGCAUUAUUUUCACGACUUUGCCACCAAACUCUUCCAAAACCAUCCCAAAAAUCAAAGGAUUGAAGAUAUUGAGAAAGACUGCAUAGCUGAUGUAAAGUCACCUUGUGCUGAUGUGCCUGACUUGGGGGAACAGAUUCCGGCAGGUGAGCAUUUGAUUGAGAAUGAGAAGAAGCGUGAACUUUUGGCAGGUAUUAUCGACCUAAAUUCAUGCAUGACAGAGGAUGAGAAUAUGCCAAUUGCUAUUGAUGUUGAUUUACAUGCACCGUCAAGUCCAGAGAACAAGGAAUGCUCUCCACCCAGAGGAGAAUCAGAUGAAAACCAGCUUGUGACGCCCUUUCAAUUUGCAGAACAAGAGGAUCUUCAUGUGCAAGAAGAGCAAACCAGAUAUGCAGCAGAGGCUUUGAUUUCCAUAUCAGGAUUUGCACCCCAGAAAGAUAUCCAAAUGACACCUUGCUCACCGUCUAAAUCUUUUGUGAAUAGUCCUCUUCACUGGUUUGCUGGAAUUGUUUCCACAACUAUGUAUCAUCCAGAGAAUGAUAAUGAAACUGAUUUCAAUGGUAAGGUUAACAAUCUCGAGGAGUUUCUGUCUGGUGAAAUGGAUUACUUCGAGUUCAUGACCUUAAAUUUGACGGACACAAAAGCCCCAGAUCACUGCUGUAAGAGUAUGGGCCAAACCGAACAAAUUGGUGGAUCAGCUUCAACACCAACUCAGCCAAGGAAGAGUGUUCGGACGUAUAGAGGAAGGUGGCGAAAGGAUUUUCAGAGUGAAAUCCUCCCAAGCAUUGCUUCUUUGUCAAGGUAUGAGGUGACUGAGGAUCUUCAGACCAUUGGAAGCCUUGUAAGUACUGGUACUCAGUCCGAGACAGGUUCUCUGAGAAAUGCAAGUAGAAAUCUACUGAGUAAGGGGAAGAGAAGAUCGUGUGCUUCAGCUUCUAACACCGAAGACACAGACUUGCUGUUGAAUUUGAAACAGCUAACUGCUAUCACUAAAUUGGAAUUUGAGAAAAAGGGCCUAAUGAGUUGGGGAAAGACGUGUAAAAAGCGAAGGGGACAGAGAUUUCGCAUCACUAAUCCUCAGUUUAUUUGGAGCUAAGUAUAUAGCUAAUUAUAAGACUAUGUUCAUUGACAUUGGAUGAGAUUUUUAUGAAGGAUAGGAUUAUUUGUAAAUGUCUUAAUAUACAAUAUUAGUAACUGAGGAUAGAAAAAGAACUCUAUUGUAUUUGUAUGUAUAUCCUGGUUUUUUCUUGGGAUUGAAUACAUCGUAUCCUCUCAUGCAGGAGAUGGAAUAACUUUUUUCCUUCUUGUAUGAUUGUUAGAAAUUGAAUUCAGUAGCUUUGCCCA